UCUUCCCUCUGAUCAUUGCAGCAGAGGACUGCGGAGGAGCAAAAGAGACAGAGCUCAUGCAUGCAGACAGGGGAACUUGCACUUCCUACCAUCUCGCUGAAAGCUACUUGGAUUCCUUCUCUUUCUGGCUCUUUCACUUGAAGAGAACUAAGACAUUGUAAGCCUGCCAAGGAUCUGGUGUCCACUGAAAAGAGAGGAGGGAGGGGGGGAGAAUUUGUACCACAGUGGGGUCUUUUUUAGAUUCGCACAUAAUUAGUGUUGGGGCACAAAGCAAGAUGCUGAAUGGAGAUUGUCAGCUUUUGGAUAGGGGUGAGUAGGAAUCUUUUCGAAUAAGAUCGAUCAGCGAGGACAGUUUUAUUUUCAUCCCCUCUUCUCUCCACCCACCGCUUGAUAUCUAAUAUAAGCAAAGAGACUUGCUCUUUAUUCUUUGCACUUUCGAAAAGGAUUCCCUUGGACUGAAUAACAAAAAAUAUAUCAUCACUGUCUGCAGCUAAAAUACGAGGACAGAACGAGGCAGAUUAUUAAAUUAUUUAAAUAUGAUGUGAUAAAUAAUAUCUGAUAGGUGCAAAAACAUAAUCCAGCGUGGUUCAAUGGACAUUUUCUCCCUGACAUCCCUGGAUAUUUAUGCUAAUGGAUUUCCUUCUAAUUGGACUGUACCUAAAGUGGCCACUGAAGAAGCCCCCUGGGUUGAUACUGUGUUCAUUGGGCAUUUUUCUGAGAACUGUUCCCUUGGUGGAGGGGGUUUGUCCAAGGCUGUGCCGCUGCGACAGCAAGCUGCUGUACUGCGAAGGGCUCAACCUCACAGACAUUCCCCGCAAUCUGAGCAGUGCCACGGGCCUGUCCAUGAGAGAGAACAACUUGACCGAGCUGCGUGAAGGCCAACUGGCUGGUCUGUCACAGCUCACCUGGCUCUACCUAGAUCACAACAACAUUGACAUUGUAGAGGAGGGUGCAUUUGACAGGCUAAGACGGGUCAAGGAGUUAGACCUGAGCAGCAACCGGAUUGAAAGUCUGCCAAAUGGUACCUUUAGGCCCCUCCCAAACCUGCGUAUCCUGGACCUCUCAUACAACAGGCUGCAGGCACUUGAGCCCGACCUGUUCCACGGCCUUAGAAAGCUCACCAAUUUGCAUUUGCGCUACAAUGCUCUCAAAUUUGUGCCAGUGCGGAUUUUUCAAGACUGCAGGAGCAUGCAGUUUCUGGACUUGGGAUACAACCAACUGCAGAGCCUGGCACGUAACUCAUUUGCUGGCCUCUUCAAGUUGACUGAGUUGCAUCUUGAGCACAAUGAGCUGGUUAAAGUCAACCUAGCCCACUUCCCUCGCCUCAUCUCUUUACGUACUCUGUACAUGCACAACAAUCACGCCACUAUUGUUGUCAACACCCUGGACUGGACAUGGCAUUUUUUAGAGAAGAUUGACCUGUCAGCCAAUGAAAUCGAGUACAUUGAGCCACAUGUUUUUGAGAGCGCACCCAACCUCAAGGUGCUGAUGCUAGACUCCAAUCGUUUGACCUCUGUGGACCAGCGCAUCCUGGAUUCGUGGUCAUCUCUGGACAGCAUUACCCUGGCAGGGAAUGACUGGGAAUGCAGUCGCAAUGUGUGUGCCUUGGCCUCUUGGCUGAGUGCCUUCAGAGGCCAGCGUGACAAUUCCCUGCUGUGCUCAAGCCCUGACACUGCACAGGGCGAGGAUGUGUUGGAUGCUGUCUAUGCUUUUCAGCUAUGUGAGGAUCCCCCAACAGAGGUAACCACAGCAGGCCUGUACGCCUCCACAAGGGAUCUGGCCCAGGGUGGUUCUGUGUUCCUGGGCCCAUUUACCCCCAACCCUUACGAGGGCGAAGGUAGUGAGGUGGUCACCAGUUCUUUUACUGUCACAGUGGGCCACGAUGACGUGGAGAGCACCAUGCAGAUCCACAAGGUGGUGACUGGCACCAUGGCACUCAUCUUUUCCUUUCUCAUCAUAGUGCUCAUGCUGUACGUGGCAUGGAAGUGCUUUCCAGCUGGAAUAAGGCAACUGAGGCAGUGCUUCAGCAGUCAGCGCCGUAAGCAGAAGCAAAAGCAAAGCAUGCAGCAGAUGGCUGCAAUUUCUACACCGGAGUACUACGUUGACUAUAAACCUAACCACAUUGAGGGAGCUUUGGUAAUCAUCAAUGAAUAUGGCUCUUGCACUUGCCAACAGCAACCUUCUCGGGAAUGUGAGGUGUGACCCUGCUUUCUUGAGUAAGUCUUUACCUGUGAUUAUCUGGAUAUACAGUAAAUCCCUUUUUGGAUACACUGGGGAGGGGGAUAUUGUGGGACAGAAGGAAUAAUUGGAUCUUUUGGACACUUUUUACACAGCAUCUCACUGUGAUGUGGAGGAAACGUGCUUUAUGUGGCUGACUAUUUUGUGGUGGAUUUACUGCUACUGCUAUCUACUGCUGAUCUGAAGUCACAGGGCAUAAUGGGCAUCUGACUCUUGGACCUGUUGAUGUUUUGAAGAAACACAGAGAGGAAUACAUUGUGGGCACUGAGGCUUUUCUCUCAUGGAUGGAUAUUUGAGCUUUAAUGUGUCUUUCUACUUCAGGACAUUUAAUUAUUGUUUAAAAACAAACUGGGGACACACAAAGAAGAAAAAAAAAAGGAAAAAAAAUCAAACCAUUUGUAUUAUGGUACACACAAUAUUUGACAAGCAUUUAAAAUAAUAAAAACAUGUUUAAGUUUAAUUAAAAAUGUAAAAAUAAAAGUCUGUGUAAAAUAUGUUAAAAGAAGAAGUGCAAGUGUGGAUAAAAAAUGAAAAAAAGAUAAUCUAUUUCUUUUGUAAACUACAAAAAAAAAAAAAAAAGUUUAAAUAAAUGAAUUGAUAUUCACAGUAAACUCAUUUGUACGUGAGAAGCCUGUCAGAGAGGAUGAAUGACAAUAGACGCAGUCUUUGCGCUCGUGGACUGGAGAGCCAUGACUCUGCAGUGUAUCGAACCAAAAAAAAGAAAAGAAAAAAAAGAGAGAUGAAAUACUAAAUAAAUAAAUUAAUAAAUUAAAGGGGCAGAGGGAAAUCUGCAUCUCAUCUCCAAUGUAAAAUUCAUGGUCUGAAUUUUAGAUCUCUUCUCUGUUUUAUUCACAUUUGUUGUUUUAUCAUUCAUUGUGUUGGCUCGCUAUCAGUGUUUUUUUUUUGGUUUUUUUUUUUGCCCUUUCCCAUUGCCUAUCUGUGAAUAGAUUCAAAUGAUCUAUUUCAUUUUAAUUAGUUAGCAUAUUUUCAUUUUAUUAUACCACUAUUUGUGUACCAUCCAAGUAAAGAAAGCAGUGUCAAAGAUCUAAAGCUAUGCCUCUCAUUGCUUCUCACUCUUUGGCUUUCACAGAGGAAUGCUGCCUCCUAUUAAUGAAUCAAGCACACUAAAGUCAACGAUCAUCUAAACCAUGCAUACUUUGAUCCAAAUGCAAUUCAAGUAGUAAUCAGAACCACUGGGAAAAAAGGAAAAAAAAAAGAAAAAAAAAAAAAUUCACCAGCUUCAAGGAAGAUUUGCACAUACAAUAUUCGCCACUGUGUUUUCAUGUGAUGUAAAAUGUUUGUUGAAUACAUGGCCAUUUAGAGGUGUAUAUAUAUAUCCUUCUUCCUCUGGUGUUCAUUGUGUAAAUUAGUGCACUGACAGAUGUUGUGUUUCCUGGGCCCUUUGACAUGAACAGUAUGUUGUGUGAGAGGGAGAUGGAGGAUCACAUCGACUGCAGAAAGAGGGAACAGACUGCUCUCUAGUGUGCAUAUUCUCAUACUGUGGCUGCAUUUUUACCUAUUGUGCACCAUGUUCUGCAAACUUCCACAGCAGGGGCAACAUCGAUAUACUGAAUUUGCAGCAGCUUUUUAUGAAAAAGAUCAAUGCAUCAAUUUGCAUCAUUUUGUGUUAUUUUGCGAUAAAUUAAGAUAAUGUUUACAACUUGUAAGUCAGCAGGAAUAAAAAUGUUUUAAGAA